AUUGCAUAUAAUAAAUUUGAAAUAACACGCUUUCUUACAUUAAAUUACGCGCGUACAAUUGCGCAUGCGCAUUCUUAAUUAUCUGUCAUAGACCUUAAAAUUUAUAUUUGAAAUUAGGAGUAACUUAAUUAUCACAAAAUAUAACUUUACUGCGUGAUAUUAAUUCUGAUAAUGUUUCAAUUGUACAUAUGUAUUUGUCCUAUAAAUGAUAUGUAGAAUAAUCGUAUAUUUUUCGAUUGUCAAAUUGUAAUGCACUACAAUUACGAACAACCACUUAAUCGUAACAUCGUCAUGCAUCAUACUGUACAUACACACAUAAAAGCAAACGGUAAAUGCGGCCCUCUGCCGGCUAACUUGUUAGUUUACGAUAUGUCUCGUGGUCGUAUGCAUCCUGUAUAGUUUCAUCGUAUUUAUAUUUUGUUUAUCGUGAAAACGUUCAAUCAGUGGCAUGGUUUUGUGACACUUUCUCUCAGUGUAUGGGUCAAGCGUGUUAUAUCCAUAUGCUACGCGUGAUACGAUGGUAUUUACACGAUUUUUCCUUCGGAAGACACAGAACGACGAUGUGGUCGUUCCAAACAACGUCGGUACGAGGAGCAUGUUAUGUAUACAAGAAGAAUUAGGUCAGUUGAGUGGAAUUGCAGGAGGUCCUAUUAUCCCUGACCCACGUGAUGCUCAAUUACCUAAUAACAAUCAUAGCAAUUCAGAAAGCAAUAGUAACUCUAGUGAAACUGCAACAAAAUGUACUCCAGGUACUGGAACUUUAGAUGCACAAAGAUCAAGCUGGGUGGAAGGUAUAUUAGGGUGCAUGCGUCCAGUUUGGACUAUGCUUUCAAAAGCAGCUGUUAAUGAAAAAAUUAAAGGACAUCAAACGGAUGACUGGGAAAUACCGUUUGAAUCAAUCAGUGAACUGCAAUGGCUCGGAUCUGGAGCACAGGGGGCAGUAUUUAGUGGAAAAUUAAAUAAAGAAGUUGUAGCUGUAAAAAAGGUGCGAGAGCCGCGUGAGACUGAUAUACGGCACUUACGGAAGUUAAAUCAUCCGAAUAUUGUUCAAUUUAAAGGUGUUUGCACACAAGCACCAUGUUACUGUAUAAUUAUGGAGUUUUGUCCAUACGGACCAUUAUACGACCUCCUUAGGGCUGGAGAACCAGUUCCACCUCCUAGAUUAGUAUCAUGGUCAAAACAAAUUGCUGCUGGAAUGGCCUAUCUUCAUGCACAUAAAAUUAUACACAGAGAUCUUAAAAGCCCAAAUGUGUUGAUAGGACAAGGAGAAGUUGUCAAAAUUAGCGAUUUUGGAACUAGUAGAGAAUGGAAUGAAAUUAGUACAAGAAUGAGUUUCGCUGGUACAGUUGCCUGGAUGGCCCCAGAAAUCAUCAGAAACGAGCCUUGUUCUGAGAAAGUAGAUAUAUGGUCGUAUGGUGUGGUAUUAUGGGAACUCUUAAGCGGAGAAAUACCUUACAAAGACGUGGAUUCUUCCGCAAUCAUUUGGGGCGUGGGCAAUAAUUCUCUUCAUUUACCAAUCCCUGCAAGCUGCCCAGAAGGUUACAGGUUACUUGUAAAACAAUGUUGGGCUGCAAAACCACGUAAUAGACCUUCCUUUAAACAUAUUGAAAUUCAUCUCGGAAUUGCAGCAGUUGAAGUGCUAUGUACAAAACCUGAUGAUUACUUUAAGACACAGCAAUCUUGGAAAAAAGAAAUUAGAGAUCAUAUGAAACAAAUGCAGACAAAUAGUUGUAGUAGUCCAAGAUUUGAAGCUGAUCUCAUUCGACGACGUGAGGAUGAAUUAAGACAUGCUCAAGAUAUUCGAGAACAUUAUGAACGUAAACUCGAACGUACUAAUAAUUUGUACUUAGAAUUAAGCGCUGUUUUAUUGCAGUUGGAACAGCGUGAACGAGAUGUAAUUAAACGAGAACAACAAAGUGGGUAUAAGCAAUGUAAGAAGCGACUUGUACACCCUCUUAUAAAGGCUCAAGAAAGACUUCAUCGUAGACGUAACCCUCAAUUUUCAACAUCAUCUACUCCAACAACUCCACCAUCUCCAACAGACUGUCCACAAACUCCUAUAAAAGCAACUAUGUGUACCCAACUAAAUGAAUCUAAUCAACCAGAGACAGUUUUAGUCCCUAAUAAUAGUUUCAAACAACGCAAAUAUAGGCAUCGUAGAGUAGGAUCUGGAUGUGGUGUAAAUUCUAGCCCACGAUCGAGUCCUCAUCGUGAAAGAAAAAGUACAGAAGUAUGUGCACGUUUUGUUGAUAAUCAAACACAAACAGAUAUAAUGGAUAUCAACGAAACUGAUUUUAAUCCUGUUGGACAUACAACAACAAUCUCAUCAACAGAAAAACUUUCUGUAAAUAGUCUUAAUAAACAGUCAUUAAAUAAACAAACACCAGAAAGUUUAAAUGGAAAUUCAGUUUUAUCCGAAGCUCAUUAUAGAAUGCAAUCUAGUCCUUGUUCCAGUCCUGAACCUUCAAAUGAAAAUCGUGCAAAUGGAAAUGAACGUUUAAAGGACUGUAGUGAUGACGAUAAUCUUGAAACACUUGGUCGAAAAGUUAGCGAAAUUAUUAAUGCUAAUCGUCUUAUUUCUCCUAUAGAUAAUGGAAAUUGCGAUGAUGUGAUACAACACAGAGGCAAAGAAGAACCUAUAAACCUGUCCGGACAUUUUUGUGGAAUUAUUGUUAACAAUACUAAUACACCUCAUGAACAAUCAGAAAUUAAAACUCGACCUUGUUCUGAAAGUAUGGAUACUUUAUGCGAUCGUGAAGAUGAUGCAUGUGAGGAAAGUUGGUCAGAUGAAGAAGGCGAAGAUCCAAGUUAUACGUAUAAUUACUCUUUAAAAAGAAGAAGUAUUGCAAGGCGACCAAUUGGUCCUGGAUGUAGAUUAAGAAGAUUUAAACAUGCACCUGAACGCAUAGAGAGAGUGUUAGCUUCUGAUGAGGAAAAUACUUCCGAAUAUUCACAUCCUCCGUCCAGUCAAUCCUCCACGUUAGAAAGUAAUUCCGAUAUGCAAAGAGUAUUUCGUAAUAUUCACUAUUCUCAUAAGAGGAAAGAAAUAGAUGAUGUUUCUGAUACAUCAAGUCAAUCGGAAACAGAUGAAGUCAGUGAGAUUACAAUUGCAUCUCAACCAGUAGUUGCAAACUUAAAAAUAGAAAGUAGUGUGUAGAUUAACAGGAUUUUUAUAUCUCAUUUACGAUUGAUAUAAGUACCUAACAAUCAGUGCAUUUUUGUAGCGUAUGCUCUCAUCCUGUGUUAAAUAUUGUAGAUAUUUAUCAAUUUAAGGUAUAUGUUAGAUAUAUAUGUACAUUAAUUUUAUGCAUUAUUUAUCAAUGAAAUAUUACAUUAAUAUUAUUAAGAUACUAGA